ACCAAAAACUAGAUACAAUUCAAGUUAUCUAUGGAUUCAAUUCUCAGUUGUUCGUGUUGUUAAGUUUUAUGGAAAAAUCGAAAGAUAAUGGUCUCGACGUAGUGGUUUUCAUAUAGUGAUUUUCCUGUGAUAUUCAAGUUGUAACCCGUCGCAACGUUCAGACCGCACCUCAAUUUUAUAGUGAACGUGAAACAGUCUCAGAAGAUCCGCUAGGUUACGUCAAAUUUCUAUGAUAGUUGGCUAAUGUAAUAUGGCCGCCUGAAGAAACGACUUUAUUCAUGUUUUUUGUUGACUAAAGUUUUCGAUUUUCUUAAAAGGAUGGAGUUGCGAGUGGGAAAUAAGUAUAGGCUCGGACGCAAAAUAGGAUCCGGUUCAUUCGGAGACAUUUACCUCGGCACAAAUAUUUCCACCGGAGAAGAGGUAGCUAUUAAACUAGAAUGUAUAAAAACCAAACAUCCUCAACUACACAUAGAAUCAAAAUUUUACAGGAUGAUGCAGGGUGGAGUAGGCAUACCUCAGAUAAAAUGGUGCGGAUCAGAAGGCGACUACAACGUGAUGGUGAUGGAGUUGCUGGGCCCGUCCCUGGAGGACCUCUUUAAUUUCUGUACCAGAAGAUUUACGCUCAAAACGGUGCUACUGUUAGCCGACCAACUAAUAUCUCGUACUGAUUUUAUUCAUUCGAGAAAUUUUAUUCAUAGGGAUAUAAAGCCUGACAAUUUUUUGAUGGGCCUAGGAAAGAAGGGUAACUUAGUGUAUAUUAUAGAUUUUGGAUUAGCUAAGAAAUAUAGGGAUGGUCGAACUCAAAUGCACAUACCAUACAAAGAAAAUAAGAAUUUAACAGGAACGGCUAGGUACGCCAGCAUAAACACUCACUUAGGAAUAGAACAGUCGAGGAGAGACGAUUUAGAAUCUUUAGGUUACGUUUUGAUGUACUUCAAUAGAGGCUCGCUGCCUUGGCAAGGGCUCAAAGCGGCCACGAAAAGGCAGAAAUACGAGAGGAUUUCUGAGAAGAAAAUGUCCACAGCCAUAGAAGAACUUUGUAAAGGUUAUCCCGCCGAAUUCGCCACAUACCUUAACUACUGCCGACAAUUAAGGUUCGAGGAACGACCCGAUUACAGCUACUUGAGACAGCUGUUUAGGACAUUAUUCCAUAGGAAAGGUUUCACGUAUGAUUACGUGUUCGAUUGGAAUAUGCUCAAAUUCGGGGCGUCACGCGGUAGUCAUUGUGACGAAAACUCGGGUAGGUCAGCUGCUAGAUACGGUUCGCAUACGGCCGCUGCGUUGGCAGGCAACCCGGCAGACACGAACGCGGCGCCAUCGCAGCAACAACAGAGGGUAAGGAGAGCUCACGACGCGCCUGCGCCUAAUCCGUCGGAAGAUGUUAUUACCAGCAAUUCACCACGAAUGUACGACAGUCACGAGAGAAGAGUUUCUAUGCGUUUAAGGGCUGGUCCUAACGCCUCCACGUCGGAUUUAAGCACGUCGAAACAGGCAAAGAAGCGCCUCCGGAGUGGCGAUGGCACCGCCCUCGGCGCCGGUACAGCCGCAAGGGGGCGGGCCGAGGCGGGGCAGCUCGUCCAAGGAUCCGCCCGGCCGCAUGAAGAAAUGAGGCUGAACGAGGCGGGGCAACGGCGGCGCUGAAGAGACGACGAAUGGGGUGGCGUUUUUUGGAAACCGGAGGGCGUGGCGAGGUUAGGGAGCGGUCUCGAUUAAGGCGUAAGCAUUAGGAUUGGUUUAUAAUUGGUAGGGCGUGUGUAUAGUGAUACAACACGUUUUUCAUAAAUAUUGUCUAAGCUUUUUUUAAAUCAAACGGUAAAUAAUUUCUAUACCUUUGUUCAUUUCUUGAAAAUAAUUCUGUGCCCCAACUAGAAGAAAAUCCAGGAAAUAAAAUAGUUAUUUUUUUCUAAACAACACUGAGUUGAAUUCAAACGGAAACCAGCUUGUCAGUGUUUUUUUACUAGUUAGACAAAUUUGCCUAACCGAAAAAAAAUGCAUAACGUUUCAAGAGUUAUAUCUCCUUCUGUCGCCAUACGCAAAGAAACAAAGAAAAAAGAAAAAAUCAAAUAUCUAAAUACAACUAUUCAAGAACACUUGUUUUUAGAGGAAACGUCUAUUAUAAACCGUUGAUGUUCUGUUAAAAUUAUAUUACAUGAAGUCAAGGAUCUCCUUGACUUCAUGUAAUUUCAUUUUAACACAGUUUCACCUUCGAAUUAUUGUAUGUACAUGUGAUCUUUAUUAUUUGAAACUUACAGUUGAGGGUUGGAACCUUUGGUGUUACACAGCAAAAUAAAAACACUAAAUCACCACA